AAGCUGUAAUAUCCACCGCCUCUGCUACUAUCAUUCCAAACCGUCGGACAAAAUACCCAUCCCCCCUUUUCUCUCUCUCUCUCUCUCUCUCUCUCUAAAUCCUCUCUUUAUCCACUUCCCGUAAUCCUCUCUGUUCCAAGCUCGCGGCUUUUCAUUCUCCUCUCGAUACAUAUAUUCAUUAUCUUGCUAAAAUUUGCACAAUUCCCAAUUAGAAAGGAUUAGCAUUUUGUGUAGCCAUGUGUGGGAUACUAGCAGUUUUGGGUUGCUCUGAUGACUCCCAGGCCAAAAGGGUUCGCGUCCUCGAGCUCUCCCGCAGGUUGAAACAUCGUGGUCCGGACUGGAGUGGGAUAUAUCAUCACAGUGACUACUACUUGUCGCAUCAACGGUUGGCAAUUGUUGAUCCUGCUUCCGGUGAUCAACCUCUCUUCAACGAAGAUAAGACAAUCGUAGUAACGGUGAAUGGAGAGAUUUACAACCAUGAGGAACUGCGUAAGCGCUUACCUAAUCACAAGUUCCGCACUGGCAGUGAUUGUGAGGUUAUCGCUCAUUUGUAUGAAGAGUAUGGAGAAGAGUUUGUGGACAUGUUGGAUGGGAUGUUUUCUUUUGUGUUACUGGACACCCGUGACAACAGCUUCAUUGCUGCCCGAGAUGCCAUAGGGAUCACGUCCCUCUACAUCGGAUGGGGACAAGAUGGAUCGGUUUGGAUUGCGUCUGAGCUGAAAGCCUUGAACGACGACUGUGAACAUUUUGAGACUUUUCCGCCCGGUCACUUGUACUCCAGCAAACAAGGCGGCCUUCGUAGAUGGUACAAUCCUCUCUGGUUUUCUGAGGCUAUUCCAUCAACCCCAUAUGAUCCACUUGUAUUAAGGCGUGCCUUUGAAAAUGCUGUUGUUAAGAGGCUGAUGACUGAUGUGCCUUUUGGAGUUCUUCUUUCUGGAGGACUAGACUCAUCCUUGGUGGCUUCCAUCACUGCCCGUCACUUGGCCGACACAAAGGCUGCAAAGCAAUGGGGCUCUCAACUGCAUUCCUUCUGUGUUGGCCUCGAGGGUUCACCAGAUUUGAAGGCCGGAAAAGAAGUUGCUGACUAUUUGGGUACUGUUCACCACGAGUUUACUUUCACUGUACAGGAUGGCAUUGAUGCCAUUGAAGAUGUCAUUUACCAUAUUGAAACAUAUGAUGUGACGACAAUAAGGGCAAGCACUCCUAUGUUCCUCAUGUCCCGUAAAAUUAAGUCGUUGGGGGUGAAGAUGGUCUUGUCCGGUGAAGGCUCUGAUGAGGUUUUCGGUGGGUAUUUAUACUUCCACAAGGCACCCAACAAAGAAGAAUUCCACCGUGAGACUUGUCGCAAGAUAAAAGCUCUCCAUCAAUAUGAUUGCUUGAGGGCUAACAAAGCAACAUCUGCUUGGGGACUAGAAGCUCGGGUCCCCUUCCUGGAUAAAGAAUUUAUCAAUGUUGCAAUGAGCAUCGACCCUGAGUGGAAGAUGAUUAACCGAGAAGAAGGGCGAAUCGAGAAGUGGGUUCUGAGGAGGGCCUUUGAUGAUGAAGAACACCCCUAUUUGCCAAAGCAUAUUCUUUAUAGGCAGAAAGAGCAAUUCAGCGAUGGUGUCGGCUACAGCUGGAUUGAUGGUCUCAAAGCCCAUGCUGAUAAACACGUGACCAAUAAAAUGAUGCUUAAUGCUACACAUAUCUAUCCCCACAAUACCCCAACCACAAAGGAAGCCUACUACUACCGAAUGAUCUUUGAGAGGUUCUUUCCACAGAAUCCGGCUAGGUUGACUGUUCCAGGCGGUGCAAGCGUUGCUUGUAGCACAGCCAAGGCUAUUGAGUGGGAUGCUUCUUGGUCAAACAAUCUUGAUCCUUCUGGUAGGGCUGCACUCGGAGUUCAUCUUUCAGCUUAUGAACAUAAAUUAUCGUCAGUCGCCAAUGGGAAUUUGGGACCAAAGAUUAUUGACAACUUGCCCCGGAUGAUUAGUGUUCCAGGAGUUGUGAUCAAAAGCUAAUACCCCUGUUUCAAGGAGUGUCUUUCAUGAGUGUUUGAUCGUAGAAAUUAAAGCUCUCACGGGACUUUUAGAUAUCCCGAUGUGUGAAAGUUUGUUAGUUAAUGUGUGGAACUAAAAUAAUGUUUGGUGUUGCAACAGACAACCUGAUCGUUACAUUGUAUGAGGUCAAGUUCUGAGCCGUGUAAUGUGUCGUUGAAGUAAUACGUGUAAAACUUCAAGUUGGAGGUCGAGCUGUGACCUCCUUUGCUAGUACGAUGACUUUUGUUUCAGUUAAUUACAAAAUUUGUUCGUUUGAAA